GUCUUUGUAAGAGGAAAAGUGGCGGACAAUAGUUGGCAUUUCCCGUUGACCAAUCAGGGAAGAGGAGAAGCGAACGGAGUCAUAAUAUAUCGACGGCGAGAAGCAGCAGCUCCGGCGAUUGUGUUUACACAACCGAAAUGGAAAGGAUCGUGAUUAUAUUUGAUUUCGAUCGGACUUUGAUCGACGGAGAUAGUGAUAGAUGGGUGGUUACUGAAAUGGGACUCACUGAGAUCUUCCAUCAGCUCCGUUUCACUUUACCAUGGAAUCGUCUUAUGGAUAGGAUGAUGAUGGAGAUACAGUCACAAGGUAGAUCGAUUGAUGACAUUGAAUCUUGCUUGAAGAAAAUGCCUAUUGAUUCUCAUAUUAUUGAAGCUAUCAAAUCUACCAAAUCUUUAGGAUGUGAUUUAAAGAUUGUGAGUGAUGCAAAUCAGUUUUACAUUGAGAAGAUACUAGAGCAGCAUGAUUUGUUGGAUUGCUUUUCUGAGAUUUACACUAAUCCAACCUCUCUUGAUGAAAAUGGCAACUUGCGGAUCUUGCCUUAUCAUAGUGAUGCAUUGCCUCCACAUAGCUGCAAUCUCUGCCCUUCAAAUCUAUGCAAGGGUCUAGUGAUGGAUCAUAUACGUGCUUCUUCUUCCAAUGAUCAAAUUCCAAGAAGGUUUAUCUACCUUGGAGAUGGAGGAGGUGACUUCUGCCCGACAUUGAAGCUGAGAGAGUGUGAUUUUGUGAUGCCGAGAACGAAUUAUCCGCUAUGGAAGAAGAUUUCAGACAAUGCCUUACUGAUCAAAGCAGAAGUCAAGGAAUGGAGCAGUGCAGAGGAACUACAGAGAAUCCUUCUGCAACUUGUCAGCACAAUAACAAAAGAAUAAGAUUCAUAACACUACUCUUUACUCUUUAGAGUCAAAAAAGUGUUUCUGAUUGAUGCAAAGGUGAUGAAAGAACAUGUGUUUGUUCCUCUUCACUUGAUUGGUGUCUGCAUUGUCUCAUGGUGAUGGAAAUUAAAUGCUACCAUCGUUUAAACUCAAAGCUACUUGAAUAAUGAAGGAUUCUAGUUAAGGCUUA